AUGAGGACACCGGCUUGCAGACAGAAAAGCAUUUUUCUUGGGGUUAAAGCCUUGUUUGGCUUAUUGCUCGUGGUGGUACAGUACAGGGUGAGAGUUGACUUCUCAAUCCCCAUUGAGAGUUUCCUUGAUCCUCCGGAGUUUAUGGCUACUGGUGAUAAGGAUGUGAGGUUCAAAGUUUUAUAUUGCGGGAUCUGUCACUCGGACCUUCACAUGGUCAAGAACCAAUGGGGCGUUACAGCAUAUCCUGUUGUCCCAGG